AGAGUUAGAGCCCAGAUCAUUGGAGACUGUGCAGUUGUAGGUACCAGCAGCCCCUUCAGGACUGACCGUCAGGACAUUGGAGUAGGUGGAGGCACUGCGGUCAAUGACAGUCUGAGAAAUUGUGUAAUCUGAUGUAAGAGGUGCUCCGUCCUUUGUCCAGGAGACAUUGGUGGCAGGAGGGAGCCAGUGGACACACAUGUGAUGUGACUAUCAUUGCUCUCGUGGUAGGUGA